AUGGAGCAUGUAGAUUCCGACUUUGCACCUAUAAGGAGGUCAGAAAGGGUUGUCGAUAGUGACAAGAUUAUGAAAGCCAUAAGCGAUGAUCUGGAGCAAAAAAAUUUCACCGUACUGAGAAAGUUGAAUCUUGUUCCAAUUAAAAAGAGUGUGAGUAGCUCAAAAGUUUCUAAGGCAAGCCCAGUUAAGGAGCCAAUGGACCACGCUUUCUACCAGAAAUUCAAAUCAAGGGCUUUACAAGAAUUAAGCACUAGUUAUUCCUCAAUAAGCUAUGUUCCGGGCUUGAGUGAGUUUCUUUCAAAUAAGCUCGGAAAUAUGAAAAAUUAUAUUGUUUUUUUCAACCAAGUUAAACAUAUACAUCAGUAUGCUGGUAUUGAUCGCUUAGUUUCUGAAAUACUGUCAUUAGUCGACCUAAAUGUCGUAAUUAUCGAAAUGAACGAUUACUUAACGGAGGAGGAUCUUUCCUCAAAUAAAUCAAAAGGUUGCAUCGAGUCAAGGGAGCAGUGUCGAUAUAAAGUACAUUUGGAUUUUGAAACUAAUGAAGAACCUUUAAAUAACACGCUUGAUUUAAUGAUGACGGUUAUCAAGAAAAUAGAUAACGACCAGAAAAUCAAUCACAUUUUUUACUUCAAAUUCGAACAAUUAGAUGAAAUGUCUUCUUCAACUGUAAUAGCACCUUCGAAGCUUAGGGAAUUCAUCAAAGUUUUAUCGUUUCUUGAAAAAACAAAGAAUGUCGCAUUUAAAUUUCUAUUUUAUUCAAAUAACGUUGGUAUUUCAUCUCUCUUAUCAACAACUCUCAAAAAAAAAAUCAGCACCGAGCUUACCGUAUUUGAGAUGCCGAUAUUAACAUGCGUCCAAGUACAAGAACAUUUAAAAAAAAUGAUAAUGUUUACCUUUGAUCCCGAAAAUAAGUUACUGCAGUCGUACAACUCGCUUGUCACAUUCCAGUUGAAUGAUAGAGAAUCCAAAUUAGCAAAUUUUUUUGAAUUUCUGCGGACCUUUCCGCAUCCUUUUACCUACUUGUUUAACGCCUACACUGAGAUCAUAGUUCAGAGUAGAACUUUUAAUGGAUUACUGGACAAGAUUGCUAAUGGACUGACAGUAAAAAACUACCCACACCAUACUUAUAACUUCAAGAAAAACCAGCGUCUUCCACUUAAGGUGACUCGAAGAGUACGUGAUAGGUAA